UGACAUUGACAAUGAAAAGACAAAGAGAAAUAUUGCGCGAUUUUGCUUGAUUUCAGAUUGUUUAUUAAUUAUUAUCUUUAAAUUGAAAUAUUUGGAAUUAGAUACCCAACCUAGUAAAAGUAAAAUCAUGUGCCUCUCUAGAAAUCUAUAAUUAGUUAUAUUAUUACAACAAUGUCAAGGGAUAUCAGAUCAUUUUUCCAACCGAAAAAGCCUCAAAAACCUAAAAUAGAAGAAGAUGAUGAUGUUAUACCAGAGUCUCCAGAUGUCCAUAUAAAAGAUAAGAAAAAGAUUUCAAGAAAGAAACAAGUUUUGAGAGAUGAUUCCGAUGAGGAAAUAUUUACAUUGAAAAAGAACAAUUUGAGUAAUGAGUCUAACAAAUCUCACAGUAGAAAAGCUAAACCACCACAAAAACCUGUUCUGAAAGAAGUGAAAGCUGUUGAUUUGUUUGGUAGUGAGCCUAUAAAAAGGAGCGAACCGUUAGUCAAGAAAGAAAAAAGAAAAACUGAAUUUGGUAUACAUUCAGAUGAGGAAUUUGAUAAAAGCUUACUAGAACUUGAUAUUGAAGAAUCAUCACCACAAGAAAAAAGUCCCAUAAAGUCCAUAAAUGAAUCAAAAAGUGAUCAUGUCAAAGAUAAAUUUUCAUUUAAUGCUAAUGAAGUAUCACCAAUCAAGGAUAAACAAUUAAGUAAAUCAAAAGAUAAUGGCACAUUUACAAAGGAAAAGUCUAGUAGAGCUAUUUAUAAUAACGUAAAAAAUGAGAAUAAAAGAAAAUUUGCUGAAUUUGUUGAUAGUGAACACAACCACCAAGAAAACAAUGGCGACAUUAAGAAUAAAAAGAAAAAAUUAAACACUAGUAAUUUGGAAGUGAAAACAAAUUAUACAGAAACAACUAAAACAAUAUACACUAGUGAAUAUUUUGAUGAUAGUUGUAUGGAGGUUGAAGAAGACCAGAAAGAUACAAAACACAAGAAAAAGAAACAUGAUAAAAGUUUAAAUGAGUCUGCACUGACUGAUGAAGAGAGACAUGAAAGACGGCGGCAGUCGGCAGCACUUUAUCAGCAGUAUUUACAUAGGGCUGGCCCCAAACAUCUGGGAAGUAAAGAGAUACCCGAGGGUCCACCAAAUUGUCUUAAAGAUUAUGCCUUUUUAUUGACUGGAGUGCUAGACUCAUUUGAAAGGGAUGAAAUUGUUGCAGCCAUAAACAAAUAUGGAGGCUGCAUCAAAAGUGGAGUCAGCAAAAAGGUAACCCACGUGCUCGCUGGGUCGGAUGCGGGUCCCGCAAAAAUGGCCAAAGCCCAAGAAUUAGGUAUUAAAAUAAUAAAUGAAGAUCAAUUCCUCGAUAUGAUCGCACACCCACCGCAUAAAGAUACCACAGAAGCAAAAGUAGAUAUAAAAAAAGAAAAAACUCCUAUUAAAAAAGCAAAAACACCACAGAAAAAAACAAAUGGCUUUAAAAAAUUAGAUAAAGAAUCGAGAUUAGAAGAAAAGGUAACAAGAAAUAGUUCUGAUGAUGAUACAAAAGAAAGUUCAAAUAAAAUAAACGGACAAGUAACAAAAGUAAAAGAGUUAAAUAAAGAAAAUGGGGAACAGAACAGUGAAUCGACUUCAAACGAGUCUAUUAUUUCUAUGAAAAGUGUGAGCGAUCCAUCUACAGUAUCAUUGAUGUGGGUUGAUAAAUACAAACCGCAAAGUGUUAAAAGUAUUAUUGGACAACGUGGUGAAGCGAGCAACGUUAAUAAAUUAAUGAACUGGCUGACGAAAUGGUACGUGAAUAGAAAAGCUAAGCUGCCGAAGCCGAGUCCAUGGGCGAAGAAUGACGACGGUGGUUAUUACAAGGCAGCGCUACUCUCCGGCCCGCCAGGAGUUGGUAAAACUACCACGGUGGCGUUAGUGUGCAAGGAACUAGGCUUCGACAUGGUGGAGUUCAACGCGUCAGACACUAGAAACAAGACGCUGAUUAAAGAACAAAUUGGCGAACUGCUCACUACUACCUCACUAUCUGGAUAUGCUAAAGGUAAUACCGGUAAACAAGCGGUCACUAAGAAACACGUGUUGGUGAUGGACGAAGUGGACGGCAUGGCCGGCAACGAAGACCGAGGCGGGCUACAAGAGCUGAUUUCUUUGAUAAAAGCGACAUCUGUGCCCAUAAUAUGCAUGUGCAACGACCGUAACAGUCAGAAGAUGCGCAACUUCGUCAACUACUGCUACGACCUGAGAUUUAACAGGCCCAGGGUCGACCAAAUCAAGUCAGCAAUGAUGACGAUAUGCUUCAAAGAGAACAUCAAGAUUCCACAAGAGGCGUUGACUCAGCUAAUCGUGGCUUCCAACCAGGAUGUCAGGCAGACCCUAAACCUGCUGUCGAUGUGGGCUGUAGACUCGGACCUCACUGACAUGGAGCGAUUGAAGAAAGAUGCCAAGACUAUAAAAAAAGAUAUUAAAUUAGGGCCAUGGGAAGCUAUAAGGAAAGUGUUCACCGCGAAAGAGCACAAGACCAUGUCGAUACACGACAAGAGCGACUUGUUCUUCUACGACUACAGCCUCGCGCCGCUCUUCGUGCAAGAGAACUACCUGCAGGUGGCACCAGAUUGCCCCGUGAACCAAGUACUGGAUCGAUUGAGUCAAGCAGCGGACAGUAUUAGUCGAGGCGACUUGGUAGACGCGAGGAUACGCCGCGCCCAGGCCUGGUCGCUACUCCCAAUGCAGGCAAUGUACAGUUCUGUGAUUCCGGGACAUGCGAUGGCGGGCCACGUGAACGGUCAGAUCCAGUUCCCCGGCUGGCUCGGCAAGAACUCACGCGCCACCAAAAUGCAACGCCUCUGUCAGGAGAUACAUGCGCAUACGAGGCUCAGCACGUCUGGUUCAAAAUCAUCAAUCUUCCUCGACUACUGCACUCACCUUCGCGACGCUGUGGUUAUGCCACUUAUCAAAGAGAAAAGCGAAGGCAUAGAAAAGUCACUAGAGGUGCUCGAAUCGUACCACCUCCUUAGAGAAGAUCUGGAUUCGUUGACGGAACUCUCGCUGUGGCCCGGACAGAAGGACCCUAUGGCUUUAAUUGACUCUAAGGUAAAAGCGGCUAUGACACGUACGUACAAUAAGAAUGCAGCGGCACUCCCAUACGCACCGGGCAGCAUCAAGCACCGGCGAGGUCGCGAGACUGAAGACGGCGACGAGGACGACGGGCUGCCUGAGGACGAGGCUGAAGACAGUGACCCGGAGAAUGAUGCUCUUAUUAAGAAAAAGAAAAAAGAAUCAGAAAAAGGUAAUAAAGAAAAAGCAGGUUCAAGUAAAGAGAAAUCAAAUGCUGCUAAAGAAAAACCUAGUACUAGCAAGAGAAAGAAGAAAUAAUGCCCAUGCCAGUUUUAUUUUAUUUCUGAUACUUAUAAUAUUGUCAGUUGAAACUGAUAAUUGUGGAAACAAUUAUGUCUGUUUUAGUAUUAAAAAAUUUGAUGGCA